UGGAGUCUGCCAAUAACAGGUCGAGUUGCGCUCAGCUUCAACGCUACAUUCUGGAGGCAGUACAGAACGAAGUCCCCAUUCCGAGUAAUCUCUCAUAAAUACAGAGAAGAAGAGAAGCUGUAUGCCUAUAAUAUAAUAGGCUGCGCCGUCGAUUAAUUAGGUUACAUGGACUCAAGAGAAAGCUAAUUAUUUUGGCGAAUGAAUAUAAUUGCAUAGCCUAUUAAACGGCUUGGAAACUCAGUCGGCUCUUCACUACAAAUCUGACCUAGGCUACCUGUGUAGAGGGGUUUGAUUUUACUCAUAUCCUGGAUCAAUAGUUUUCUCGUGUGCUUUUCUGUCGGGUUUAUAUUUGUUUGUAGCAAACGGCUUCCGAGUGCGACUGGAAUACGCGUCUGCACCGGGGAUUGAAUUGAUACAUCAUAACCGACCGGAAUUGAGAUUGUGAAUAAACAAGACAUUGUUCAGGGUAACGUAACCUCACUCUACAACCCAAUACAUCUGGGUAAACUGAACGUGUAUUUCGAUAGCCGAGAACGAUACUAAACCUGCAUAAUGCCUCUUGCACAUCUUGCGGAGCCAUGGCCCCAAAUGGAACUAGUUACACUGGACUCAGAGAAUGGGCAAAGCGUCACGGAGGAUGGGGUCCCACCUGCUGGUCACAAGGACAGGUCCCAUAUUACCUGGGUAGAGAAGGACUUUGCCAAUAUUACUGCCAAGAAACACCAGACCAAUGCUUUGGCCAGCUGCAGCGCGCCACAGACGGGCAAUGAGACAGACGCCUCAUGUGUAGACCGUCAGAACAGGACCCCGUGUAUGGACAAUGAUGUCAUCAAGGAGAUCAACAUCACCAACGUGGUCAAGGAGGGCUCAGAGAAAGCCGACGCCCGCCAGUUUGAGCUGCUUAAAGUGCUGGGCCAGGGCUCCUUUGGCAAGGUGUUCUUGGUGCGGAAGGUGACACCUCCCGACGACAACGAGCUGUAUGCUAUGAAGGUCCUGAGAAAAGCCACCCUCAAAGUGAGAGACCGGGUGAGGACCAAGAUGGAGAGAGACAUCCUGGCAGACGUCAACCACCCCUUCGUGGUCAAACUCCACUACGCAUUUCAGACAGAGGGAAAGCUCUACCUGAUCCUGGACUUUCUGAGAGGUGGAGAUCUCUUCACCAGACUGUCUAAAGAGGUGAUGUUCACAGAGGAGGAUGUGAAGUUCUACCUAGCAGAGCUGGCUCUGGGCCUGGACCACCUGCAUAGCCUGGGCAUCAUCUACAGAGACCUCAAACCUGAGAACAUUCUACUGGAUGAAGAGGGCCAUAUCAAACUCACAGAUUUUGGCUUAUGUAAAGAGGCUGUUGACCAAGAGAAGAAGGCGUACUCCUUCUGUGGUACGGUGGAAUACAUGGCGCCAGAGGUGGUGAACAGGCAGGGCCACAUACAGAGCGCCGACUGGUGGUCGUUUGGGGUACUGAUGUUUGAGAUGCUGACCGGCUCGCUACCGUUCCAAGGGAAGGACCGCAAAGAGACCAUGAACCUCAUCCUCAAGGCCAGAUUGGGAAUGCCCCAAUUCCUGAGUACAGAGGCCCAGAGUCUCCUCCGAGCUCUGUUCAAGAGGAACCCCAUCAACAGAAUGGGUUCUGGGGCGGAUGGUGCAGAGGAGAUCAAACGCCACACUUUUUUCUCCACCAUCGACUGGAACAAACUGUUCCGGCGAGAGAUCCCACCCCCGUUCAAGCCGGCGGUGGCCCGACCAGACGACACCUUCUACUUCGACUCAGAGUUCACCUCCCGCACACCCAAAGACUCCCCAGGUGUUCCACCCAGUGCCGGAGCCCACCAGCUCUUCCGUGGCUUCAGCUUCGUUGCCCCAGCCAUGCUGGAUGAGGAGGGGGCCAAGGAACCGGCCAAGCCCACACCACAUCCAGUGGUCCAGCAACUCCAUGGAAAGAACGUGUUGUUCAGCGACGGCUACAUGUUGAAGGAGGACAUCGGCAUGGGCUCUUUCUCCGUUUGCAAGCGCUGCAUCCACAAAGCCACCAACACAGAGUACGCUGCCAAGGUGAUUGACAAGACCAUGACAGACCCCUCAGAGGAGAUUGAGAUCCUGUUGAGAUACGGCCAGCACCCCAACAUCAUCACCCUGAAGGACGUGUAUGACAAUGGGAAGCAGGUGUAUCUGGUGACAGAGCUGAUGAGAGGUGGGGAGCUGCUGGACCGGAUCCUCAAACAGAAGGUCUUCUCAGAGCGAGAAGCCAGCUCCGUGCUCCACACCAUCACCAAGACUGUAGAAUACCUCCACGCACAGGGGGUUGUCCACAGGGACCUAAAGCCCAGUAACAUCCUUUAUGUAGAUGAGUCGGGGAACCCUGAGUCUAUCCGGAUCUGUGACUUUGGUUUUGCCAAGCAGCUGAGAGCUGACAACGGCCUGCUAAUGACUCCAUGCUACACCGCUAACUUUGUAGCCCCGGAGGUGUUAAAGCGUCAGGGCUAUGACGAGGGCUGUGACGUAUGGAGUCUGGGAGUGUUGUUGUACACCAUGCUGGCUGGCUUCACGCCGUUUGCCAACGGGCCCGAGGACACUCCAGAUGAGAUCCUGAGCAGGAUAGGCAGUGGUCACUUCACCCUGACUGGAGGCAACUGGGAUGCCGUGUCGGAAGCUGCGAAGGACCUGGUGUCUAAGAUGCUUCACGUGGACCCCCACCAGCGGCUGACCGCAAUGCAGGUCCUCAAGCACCCCUGGAUCGUCCAGAGGGACAAGCUAUCCAACAGCCAGCUGCAGCACCAGGAUGCCAAGCUAGUCAAGGGGGCGAUGGCUGCCACCUACUCUGCCUUGAAGAGCUCCCAGCCCACCCCGGAGCUCAAGCCCAUCGAGUCGUCCUUCCUGGCCCAGCGACGUGUCAAGAAGCUCCCCUCCACCUCUCUGUAGAUCCAUCAGAGAGAAACCAUGAACACCCCCAGACUCUAGCUAGAACGUCAGCCAGUACAGGAACAAGUCACGGGACUGAAGAGACCAGUAGAUCCCCUCUAUCUAACCAGCCAAGGACCACUGACUACUCUACUGCCGUCUCCUCCCCUGGCAGUGAUAUCAAUACUCUGCUGCAGUCUCCUCCCCUGUCAGUGAUAUCAAUACUCUGCUGCAGUCUCCUCCCCUGGCAGUGAUAUCAAUACUCUGCUGCAGUCUCCUCCCCUGCCAUCGAUAUCGCUACUCUGCUGCAGUCUCCUCCCCUGCCAUCGAUAUCACUACUCUGCUGUAGUCCCUUCCCCUGCCAACGAUAUCACUACUCUGCUGUAGUCCCUUCCCCUGCCAACGAUAUCACUACUCUGCUGUAGUCCCUUCCCCUGCCAACGAUAUCACUACUCUGCUGUAGUCCCUUCCCCUGCCAACGAUAUCACUACUCUGCUGUAGUCCCUUCACCCGCCAUCGAUAUCACUACUCUGCUGUAGUCCCCUGUCCUGCAAACGAUAUCACUACUCUGCUGUAGUCCCCUGCCAGUGAUAUCGCUACUCUGCUGUAGUCCCCUGCCAGCGAUAUCGCUACUCUGCUGUAGUCCCCUGCCAACGAUAUCGCUACUCUGCUGUAGUCCCCUGCCAACGAUAUCGCUACUCUGCUGUAGUCCCCUGCCAACGAUAUCGCUACUCUGCUGUAGUCCCCUGCCAACGAUAUCGCUACUCUGCUGUAGUCCCCUGUCCUGCCAACGAUAUCGCUACUCUGCUGUAGUCCCCUGUCCUGCCAACGAUAUCGCUACUCUGCUGUAGUCCCCUGCCAGUGAUAUCACUACUCUGCUGUAGUCCCCUGCCAGUGAUAUCACUACUCUGCUGUAGUCCCCUGCCAGUGAUAUCACUACUCUGCUGUAGUCCCCUGCCAGUGAUAUCACUACUCUGCUGUAGUCCCCUGCCAGUGAUAUCACUACUCUGCUGUAGUCCCCUUCCAGUGAUAUCACUACUCUGCUGUAGUCCCCUAUCCUGCCAACGAUAUCGCUACUCUGCUGUAGUCCCCUGCCCUGCCAGUGAUAUCGCUACUCUGCUGUAGUCCCCUGCCAGUGAUAUCGCUACUCUGCUGUAGUCCCCUGCCAGUGAUAUCGCUACUCUGCUGUAGUCCCCUGCCAACGAUAUCGCUACUCUGCUGUAGUCCCCUGCCCUGCCAGUGAUAUCGCUACUCUGCUGUAGUCCCCUGCCCUGCCAGUGAUAUCGCUACUCUGCUGUAGUCCCCUGCCCUGCCAGUGAUAUCGCUACUCUGCUGUAGUCCCCUGCCCUGCCAGUGAUAUCGCUACUCUGCUGUAGUCCCCUGCCCUGCCAGUGAUAUCACUACUCUGCUGUAGUCCCCUGCCAGUGAUAUCACUACUCUGCUGUAGUCCCUUGCCAGUGAUAUCGCUACUCUGCUGUAGUCCCCUGCCAGUGAUAUCGCUACUCUGCUGUAGUCCCCUGCCAGUGAUAUCGCUACUCUGCUGUAGUCCCCUGCCAGUGAUAUCGCUACUCUGCUGUAGUCCCCUGCCAGUGAUAUCGCUACUCUGCUGUAGUCCCCUGCCCUGCCAGUGAUAUCAGUAGUUUCUCUUUCCUCUUGGAUGGGCUUCUGGGCAUGGUCACUUGAUGUCAAUCAACCUGGACAAGCAACAAGACAUGGUUGGGGAUGAGGGGGCAGUGGGGUAGGGGCAGGUUAUGGCAAAUUUGUUAGCAGUAUAUUUUGGAUAAGAGGUGUGUGCGUAAGUUGUGAGACAACCUGCUACCACAGAGGACGUUGAUGACCAUUGAGGAUGUUUCAGUUGUGUUUUUGUUCUGCUGUCGCUUUGAUUGGCUCUUCAUCUCCCCUCAGCAUCGCUGUGAUUGGCUGUCGCUAAACUCUCUGCAUGUCUGUCUUUCGUGUGUCAUUCUCUCUCAAAUUGAUCAGCUUGCCAAAUCGAUUAGUUUGUUUUUGCUGUUUUACCAUUGAAAGCUGGAAAGGACAAUGGCACAAAACGAGAUCACAGUCCAUCACUAUCAUUUUCCUACAUUUUCAAUGAACAUUAAAAGAAAAAAAAAAAACGUUUUGCCAUAAAUGCCUCUCGUUUUUGAGACUAUACUGGAACUAGGAAUUCUGGGUAAUGUAGUCAAUUGUAAUGUUUUUUCCCAGGCCGAAUUUCUCACUCUCACUCUUGCAUGACUUGCAGUGCGUAUAGUCCAGGGAAGGGCACAGAAAGUUGUUUGCAUGGUCUGGUGCAGUGUGGCGUCAUGUUGCUUUGUCCUUCUCUUAUCUGCACUUUUCUUGGUGACAUUGCCGAUUCUGAGAAAAAGAAAAGAUUUGAGAUAUGGCCAAAUAUUUUUAUUGUAAAAAAAAAAGAGAAAAUAAUAUCUAUAAAGCCACUAACAAGGUGGAAUGUUCAUCUUUUUUUCCCCCUUUUUUUUCAUUGUGUUUUCUUCUUGGAUAUGUGUAUUUGAAUGUCGUCUCGCUUGUAUUUGCUUUUGUUGUUGAAAGGCAUGUUGAACGCGCGCACACACACACACACACACACACACACACACACACACACACACUCACUCACUGUUGGAGCGUCCAUGAUGGACUCUUUCCCACAGCCCUCCUCUCUCUGUGUUUCAAUGUCAAGUAUGGUGAGAGUGAUUGUCAAAACGAUUGUACUGAGCACUCAAAUGCACUCUCUCCUUUAAAGAUAUUCUCCGGUACUUUUGUAUACUUAACCAGUAGUUCUGAAAAGUAGCGCCGGCGAGCCAAAAAUGGUCCCCGAAAAUUGCCUACCACGUCAUUGCUCUCUCUUGCUCUGCUGGGUGUGCUUCUUGCUAGUUGUCAGUCAAAUAAUGAGGGGCUGAAGCUCAUUGGCUGAAACUCUAAUUAAUAGGGGGCUGGCCCACGUGCCGGUAAAUGUAGGGAAAAUGGUGCCGCACAGCUUCCAGAAAACUGUUGCUUUCAAACUCGGGAUUUCUUAGCUAAUUGAGAUAAGACUGUAAUUCUGCUCAUAGAUUAUGCAUGUAUGAACUACACAUUGACACAUCCAGCCCAAAGCAGGAGAUUUAAAAAAGACUUACUAGUCGCCAAAGUACCGGAGCGUGUCUUUAAGGUCUCUGUAAAGUACAUAGGAUUUUCUUUUAUUUAGACAAUCCUUGACAGGAAUAUUUUUUGUGCUUUUCUGAUUUGAUUGGCCUGUCUGCUGGUCUUAAUCAGGACUUAUAAAGUAAAUGUUCACAGGUCCUUUCUGUCUCCUAUUCAGUUUGACGUUGUCUGAGUAGGAGUGCUGAUCUAGGAUCUGUCCAUAUAAUCUUAUUCUAUACGAUCUUACAGAUACAACUGAUCCUGGGUCAGCACUCCUACUCCGAGACGCAUUGUGGAUACGGGCUGUGGACUCUAGUACAGUAUAGGUCACAACAACGUCUUUCUUGACUAGAGGUUCCUAUGGGAUAGUACAUGUCUGCGUGGCUAAGUUUUUUUGGUAGCUUUUAAAUUCCUUAAGGGCCGAAUUCCUAGACACAGUAUCUGCGUUGAACAUGCUUUUUAGUCUAGGACUUGUCCGGGAAACUGGCCCCUGCGCCUACAGCAUAAAUAUCCUGUAUGUUUAUGUAGGCUUGGAUCUUUAGUCUUAGAUAUGUGAUGCAUAUCUGUAGAAAGGAAGGGAUAACUCUUUCUAUGGGAAACGCAUUAUUAAGAAGAAACAGCUCAAGAUGAAGGGAACGUUUGACUAAAACAAGAAAUAACAGCAACCACCCACUGGGACUCCUCGUAGUAACAGUAGCCCAUCUGCUACAGUAGCAUAGUGACAUUACUACAGUUGCAAAGUAUGAAAACCCCUUUCAUCUCAGAUCAAGUGGAAUACAUAGUUAUGUUUAUUUAUUUUUUUAAAUCAAGUUCUUUAUAGCUUUUUCAUUUCCUUUUUUUUAUUUAACCUUUAUUUAACUAGGCAAGUCAGUUAAGAACAAAUUCUUAUUUAAAAUGACAGCCUACCGGGGAACAGUGGGUUAACUGCCUUGUUCAAGGGCAGAGCGAGCUACAAAGGUUGAGAUUAAACGUUUAAUUUACUAUGAUGAUAUUUACCUCCUUUUGUCUGUUCUAUUUUGUUGUACCUUUUCUUAUAAGGGUCCAUAAACAUUUCUCGUGGCAAAAACACGAUUCACCAGUGAAUUGCAACCUAACUCAGACACGUCCCACGAUUAUGCCAUCUAGAACCAAUGAAAUGACAUCUUUGCUGCCUAGAUUUGUUUUGUUGCCACGACCAUUGUGUUUGGACCCUGAAGUGGGUGCUUUCUUUGGUAUGGAACUAUUCUAUGUGUUUGUUCCUCUUGCUUUGUAUUCCCUUCUUUCCUGGUUUUCCAUGUGGGAUGGGAUGGGGUGAACUUCCUGGUUUUCCAUGUGGGAUGGGAUGGGGUAGUUCACCCUCUUCUGCCAUUGCAGCAGUGGGGAUUCAGGCCUAUAGGGAGUUCUGAUGAGAUGCCUUUCUAUUAAAAAAACUUUUCUCUGCGCUGA